CCUCUGCCGAUUUUCCACUCUUGAACCGGAUUUCAUUCACUUCUUUCACAUCGGUUUCCUUGUCGGCUGCCGUGUGCUGUGCUACGCGGCGCAUGUGUAAAUUGUCCUUUUCUAUCUAUUUUAAAUCUUCUCUUCCUCUAUCCUCCUCCCAUAAUGCUUAGCCGUGCUGUACUGCCUCUGACGAGGCCUAACGUCCUCGCCACGACCGUCCGUGCUUCCACUGUCACACUUCCUCACGCGCGCUGGUAUGCAAAGAACAGUAAACCAAAACCAUCCUACAAACUUCCCGACUCCAUCAAAGCCUCGCAGCCGAACAAGCCCUCCAAGGCGCCGAAGCAAGAAGACAAACAAGAAGAUUACUCGGCAGAGCAGGUCGAAUUUGAUACCAAGGCCGACCCGCAAAGCAAUGCUUCUUCCGAACAGACCUCCCCCGAAUCACAUGCUCCCGAAAAGGAACUCCCUCGUCAGCCCCUCCCCGAUCUCACCCAGGGCAUCCCCUCCACCCUCGCGGCCGAGUUGGAAGCUCGCCAAACAGGCCGCCCAUCGACUUCUCUGAACCUCACUGAGGAUCCCUCCCGCGCCGAAGACUACGCUGAGGAUGAGGGUCGCGGCGAUAGAAACAAGGAUCACUAUACUUCCUCCCUCGACCGCAAGCGCGCCCGCAUGGCCAACCUGGUAUCCGCGAUGUUCUUGCUGGCCGGUGUUGGUGGUGUAGCCUACCUGGGCCGCAACUGGGAGAACGAGGUGGAAGAGAAGGCUCACCCGGACACUCCGUCCGGCUGGGGACUGGGCCUGUGGUAUAACCGCGCCAAGGCCCGUCUUGGUGACAUCACCAGCUACUACAAGGACCCGGCCUUCCCCAAGUUGCUGCCGGACGAGGACCCCAACAUGCGCCAGCCCUACACUCUGGUGCUGAGUCUGGAGGAUUUGCUAGUGCACAGCGAGUGGAGCCGUGAACACGGUUGGCGCGUGGCCAAGCGGCCCGGUGUCGACUACUUCCUCCGCUAUCUGAACCAGUACUACGAGCUCGUCCUCUUCACCAGUGUGCCCAGUAUGAUGGCCGAUCAGGUGCUCCGCAAACUCGACCCUUACCGUAUCAUCCGCUGGCCCUUGUUCAGAGAGGCCACCCGAUACAAGGACGGCGAAUACAUCAAGGAUCUGUCUUACCUGAACCGUGACCUUUCCAAGGUGAUUCUCAUCGACACCAAGGAGGAACACGCCCGCCUGCAGCCCGAGAACGCCAUUGUCCUCGACAAGUGGCGCGGCGACCCCAAGGACAAGACCUUGGUUGCCUUGAUCCCCUUCCUGGAAUACCUGGCCGGUAUGGGCGUCGAGGAUGUGCGCCCGGUUCUCAAGUCCUUCGAGGGCGCCUCCAUCCCCGUCGAGUUCGCCAAGCGUGAGAAGGCCAUGCGCGAGCGCUUCGAGCAGGAACUCGCCGAGGAGCAGAAGCGCCGCCCACGCAGCGGUCUGGGCACUUUCGCCUCCGCUCUGGGCCUGAAGUCCAACCGGACUCUGGACGGCGAGCAGAGCCCCUCCGAGGGCUUGGCCCAGGGCAAGAUGCUCUGGGAUCAGAUCCGCGAGCGUGGCCAGAAGAACUACGAGAUGAUCGAGAAGGAGAUUCGCGAGAACGGCGAGAAGUGGCUGGCCGAGAUGGCCGCCGAGGAGGAGAAAGCUCGUCAGGAACAGAUGGCCAUGAUGAAGGGCUCAUUGACCGGCAUGUUCGGUGCUGGCGACAAGAAGCAGUAAAGAUAAAAAAAACCCAACCAAUUUAUCACUUGCUUUGUCCGUUCCUCGAAGACUGAAUGUGUAUCCGUUAUGAUGUGCAUCAAGUGUGAACGCCCAGUCUUCUUUUUCACUCUCCCUCUCUCCCCCUCUCUCCUCCUCGUCAUGUCUUCCACAUUGUUAUAAUCUACGUAUACCUAGGGUACACUGUUGUUUACUGUUGUUCUCGGGACCGGGGUUUUCGUUUUUCCUUGUUUAGAAGGAGGGGCUUUUUUUUUGCCCUUCUCGCCUUGAUCACAGGUUGAUUUGUAAAAUAGCAUUUUCUUAUUGUCGUCCAUCUAGGAGGGAGGUUUCUGUAUAAAUUGGGAAGAAAAUCUUAAUGUC